GGACGUCGCGAUCGAAUAUGGGUCGCAUCCGGUAGCAUCGCGAGCGAAUCGAUCGUUGAGCCGCCGUUGACUUCAGCCGCUCCCGCCCCACAAAGCAAACAUUUAGCACGAUAUCCAAGCACAGGCGGCUGUUCUCGCUUGUAUCCUGCGGGGGUUGGCACACAGUCGUCCGCCGCGGUGCCAGUCCGCAGCGUUCGCCGAGCUGCGUCGCUCACAGUGCCCGCUGCUAACAAGCUAGGAGGCUAACGUCCGUCUUGGUUCGCUCUGCGUACGGCAGAACCAGGAAGGAGGGAGCCGACGAGCAGCUACGAAGCCCGGCCUCAGGGGUUACACCGCCGCUGUUGGCCGUCUGUCCGAGCCGCCACGAGCUCGUCCGGUCCGCUGGACACGGGCAGUGAGAGGACAAGAAUCCUGACUUUGGCCUGAGUUCAAAGAUGUCUAAGGCUCCGGAUGCUCGGGCCCAGUCCCGCUCCAGAUCGAGGUCCAGGUCCCGAUCCAGAUCCUACUCCAGAUCUCUCUCCAGAAGCCGCUCUCGCUCAAGAUCCAGAAAACGUCGCUACAGUUCUAGGUCUCGCUCCCGCUCCCGUUCACACUCUCCCUCCUACAGAAACUAUCCUAGCAGGGACUAUCAGAACAACAGAGGCGGGUUCAGAGGCUACAACCGCGGCUACAGGAGGCCGUUCCACUACCGAGGCAGAAACCGCGGCUAUUUCCAACGUGGUCACUACCAGAACCGAGGAGGCGGCGGCGGCUACAACAACAACUAUAAAUCCAACUGGCAGGGUGGGGGCGGUGGAGGCGGUGGAGGCUGGCACGAUCGCCACCACGACCAGGACCACCACUCGCACAGUCCGAGGAGGGGUCGCUCACGCUCCCGCACGCCCAAGAAGCGAUCCGGCAGCCGGAGCCGCUCUCACAACUCUGAUCGCUCGUCGUCAGGCAAAUCCCGGCGGUCCAGGCGCUCCAGCUACUCCUCUCGGUCCAGGUCCUCGUCCCCGCGCCAUCGCGGCGGCAAGGGCAAGUCUGGCACCAAGGACGCUAAAGACAAGCAAGCCGAAAGUCAAGCCGAGAGAUCGGGUCAGGCAGCAGACGGCAGCACCAUUGAGAAAGCGUCUGGGGGGAAAUGGAUCGACUACGACACCAGCCCCAAACAGACCAAUCCGAAAAGAGAGGACGCUCCCUCUGGCCCUGAGACCAAGGGAUCCAGCAGUAGUGGCCCUCUGUGGAAAACCGUCGGCAGCGUGACUCCUCCACCCAAAAGCCCGACCAAGUCUGGACAAACCGCCUGCUUCAGCGGCUUUGGGUUCUUCUCUAAGGAAGACACCAACACUGGAGAUAAAACUGUGAUUUCGACUGCCUUCAAAAAGUUCUUGGCUGAGAACAAAAACAAGAAGGCAGCUGAAAAGGAGAACGGCAGCGACAAGGAGCGGAGCAGCACAGACAGAGAUCUGGAGAAAGGAAGCAAGUCCGGAGACCUCUUCAACAUCUCGUCCGCUUCCUUCGCCGACCCCAAGGAAGAGAAGUCCCACCCCUUCUUCGACGCCGGAGAAGAGGAGUUCCUCAAGUCUCACGGGCUGAAAGACCAGGACGGCGAGGAGGACGGCGAGAUCAAACCGACCCUGACGGCUCGGGACAUUUUCGGAAAGUGGGGCGACGAGCCGAGCUACUCCACGUCCUACCCGUCGGUCAAGGAGAAAACCCGGAGAGGAGGAGGAGACGACGACGAGGCGGAGCUCCUCGAACACAUGGAGGAGGAUCUGUACCGGAGCCGCAAGCACAGCUCAAAGAAGGAGGAGAAGUCCAAGAAGAAGGAGAAGAAAGAGAAGUCCAGGAGGAGUCCGUCCCCUCCCACGCCCCCCAGGGAGAAAGACCGCCCGCUGUUUCCUGGAGCGUUCCCUCCUCGAGAGGAAUCGCCCGCACAACAGCGUCUGUCGGCGAGGGAGGACUUUGAGCUCAAAAUUGGUUCUGUAGAUGAAAUGCCCAGCUCCUCCACAUCCAAAGAUCGCCUCGUGCCACGAGAGCUGCCCAAUCCCGCCAAGAAGGAGCCGGAGUUUCGUUCGGCCUUCCAGCACAUUCAGUCGGCGCAGCUCCGCCGCAGCCCCUCGGAGCUGUUCGCUCAGCACAUAGUCUCGAUCGUGCACUACAUCAAAGCUCAACACUUCCAGUCGUCAGACAUGACUUUAAGUGAGCGCUUUGCCAUGUACCAAAGAAAAGCGGCGGAGGUAGAAAUGAUGAAGCCAAGGAAGAGCCCAGAAAUCCACAGGAGAAUCGAUGUCUCCCCCAGUGCCUUUAAGAGGCACUCUCACCUGUUUGAGGAUGUGGAGGACACAAGCUACAAGGACCCAAGUAAAAAGUUCAAAGGCGACGUGAUGGACCUCCGGCUGGAUAUUGAAAGACGCAAGAGGUUUGCGGGGAAAGACUACAAGCGCGAGGGCGCCAGGAGCCCGGGAGGCUCCCGAGGGCCGAGCAGGGAGAAGUCCUCUGAGAAAUCUGGGAAGCACCACAAAAAAUCCAAGAAGGGUAAGAAGAAGCGGGACCGCUCCCCAUCCUCCUCUUCCUCCUCGUCCUCCCCGUCCCCGUACCCUCCACCCUUCAGGGGUAAAGAGUACAUGGGCGAGGGGAUGGAGCACUCGGAGGAGGGCUACGCUCACUCGCGUUACCCUCCGCGGGACUGCGGGGGACAAGGGGACCGAGGCCCUCGGGAUUACGAGGGCCACGCCCCGGAGAGAGGCCGAGGCCGUGGAUUUUUCCCCAGAGUCAGAGGGCGAGGUUGGAACAGGGGAAACUAUCCGGGCAACAACAACAACAACAACAGCAGCAACGGAAACCCUGCCAACAUGAAUCCUCCGGUCCGCCCGCCGGAGGAGGACUGGGACCCCGAAUACACCCCUAAGAGCAGGAAGUAUUACCUGCACGACGAUCGCGACGGAGAGAAAACCUGGAUCGACAACCGCGGACGAGGCCGCGGCUCCUUCCCGGCUCGUCGCGGACGCUUCGUCUACCGGAAGGGAGGCAGCAGCCCGAAGUGGACCCACGACAUGUUCCAGGGCGGCGAAGAGCGCGAGCUCGGAGACGACGGUAUCGAAGUCGACCACAAAGACCCGAAGGGCGCCGGAGACGCCUCUGGCCUGAAGCAGUGAACCUGCUCCGCUGCAUCAUCCACACUUUAAAAUCAGCGUCCCGGUGUCCAAGUGCUCACUGUGAUGAUGAAGGGGUUGUUUUUCUUUUUCUUCUUUUCUUCCUCUCCCCUCGAAUUCAUCUCAUCGUUUAACAGUUAACGUGUGUUUUAGUUUAAGUGAGGACAAAUGUUACUGACUUGAAUGAAAAGCAGCGCUUUUGUUACUUCUGUAUGUGAGAUGAGCUUAAAUUCAGUGGAGUUUUUUUUUAGUUUUUACGUAACUCUGGUGAGUUUGCUUGGUUCUGUUUUAAAUGCUGUAUCUUUGUAAGAGAGAGAAAUAGAGAUUACUGAGGCAAAUUACAACAAAAAAAGAAAAAAGCGUCUGUGCCUUAGAAAAAUAAAAAAUACUGUAAUGUGCUGGUGUAAUCUGUUUGAAGGUACAGCUCUACUUCUGUGUCAGUGUAGGAAGGCAUUCAUGUGUUUUAUGUUUUUCUUUUCUUUGUUUGGGGCUGUGAUAAAUCUUUUGACUGUGACUGCAUGAAAUGUGUGAUUCAUACCUCGCUCCAUGGGACCAAUCAGCGGUUUGACACCCCGACACGUGAUUUGUCAUCUAAACAUGAUCAAACAUCAAAGUUAUACUCUUCUGUUAAAGCCCCUGGACGGUCGAUGUUUGUCACUUAUAUUAUCUGAGCUUUUUAUUCACUUCGCCUGUAUUUCUCAUUAGGAAGUGAAUACAAUUUUUACGUCUGUGUGCUACAGUAUAUUCUCAUUGAUUGUGGUUGAUUUCAGUUAAAAACAAGUGUAAAUGUAAAAAGGGUUGUAGUCAAAAUCCCCCCGAUUUGCUUCAGACAGAUAAAACACGUUAGGAUUUCCUGCCUCAGAUAUCCGUGUAGGUAUGCUAACUUUUAAUUAAAAGAAAUUGUACGUAUAUAGAAUUAUACAACCUAAAUUAUUAUCUUAAUGUCCGAGGGAGGGGAAAAAUAAAAACUGAAUCUGGUUCUUUUUUUGUUUUAUUAACGCACACUGCAGUUGAACUUCUCCGCUUAGUCCUCGUGCUGCACCCGAACCUGACAAAGUGAAGAGAAACCUGAAAAUUUGUGACAGCAUUUUUUUCCCACGUAGCAAAAACAUAUGAAAGUGUACAUUUUAAGAGUGAGUUGAUACAAACUGGCAGAAAUAGUUUUAUGAAUCUUACCGCGCUGCUUCAUCCCACCUUUGACUGUACAUACUGCAUGUACUAAACAACUGUAGAUCUGUAUCUUUUUCCUUUUUUGUUAAAUCAAAAGUUGAAAAGUUUUUUACUGUUCUCAAGAGCUUUGAAGUACGUCUUUUAAUUUUCAAUAAAUUCUAAUUUGAUUCAGUGCAA